GACGCAGGAGCCGCCAAAAUCAAAAACCCGGAAGUCGCAGCGGCUGUUUUCACACCGUCAAACACAAAAAUAAAUAAAAACAACUUUGUAAAAAAAAAAGAAUAUGGAGGGAGCAUCUGCGAAAGGUGUUUUAAGUCACCUGAGUCUGCUGGAGGUUCAGGCAAGGAGCCGUAAAGCUCGUCCACAGCAGCGGAGUCGUGUAAAGGAGCUGAAGGCGGAAACGGAGGCGCUGAUGAUCCAGAGGGACCAGCUGAAGGCAGAGAUACAGACACUGAAGAGUCUUCAGAAACUGAGAAUGGGUAUGGACAAACAGGGUACACAAGAAGAGGAAGAGGAAAUGGAUGAAGACUCGGAGAACUCACAGCUACUGCAGCUGAUGGCCAGACAUACACAACUGAACGAUCUUCUGCAUGCUCAUCACCUCAUUGGUGGUUACAACAUCAUCAAGACCCGUCAGGGUAAAGGAGUGUGCGUGUCUGUGGCGACGGCCUACGAGGGCGUCUACUUAGACACCUACAACCUGGAGAUUGACCUGAAGCCGGUGCUGAGGAUCAUUCGUCAUAACAUUCCCCCGUUCAUUCCCCUGAACAGCCUCGCUGAGCAGAGCAACAUGCAGGAGAACAUAAGGCCUUUUCUGGACACGCUCAGCCAACAUCUCAACGCCUUUGCCGGCCGCAAGCAGCAGCUGAAGCUUAUUAAGGAGCAACACAAGUCCAUCGAAGUGAUGGAGAGUAAUGCCUUGUGUUCAAUACUGGUGCUGAUGUUCACUGUGCCGAGAAAGAAGACCGCUGUUCUCUGCACGUUGGACUACACUGACCACACCAGGUCCCUUCCCACCAGAGUCCACUUUGAAAGUGAAGACAAAAAUCUCCCUGAUUCUCCAGAGUGGAAGAAAAACUGCAGCCUACUCAUGGAGACACCGGUGCACAAGGCUUUGAUAACCAUGAAGAAAAUGGGGAAUAUUGUUUAAUCUAACUGCAUGAAAAUAUGUACAUACACACAUUCUCGUUGUUUAUAAUAAAACUUUUUGUUAAACCUU